ACAACAUGUCUGCUAGGUUCAAGUACUACACGCUCGAGGACAGCGUGCAUGUUGAGUUCCGCGCAGUCCACGGAAGAGGCCAGCCGUACCCCUCCACCGCCGAGGCGGUCGCCGUGCUCCGCGUCCCCGAGGUGCUCUACUCGCGGCAAGCCACCACCGUCGUGCUCGACGCGUACGUCUCGUACCGGCUGCGGCACCGCCGCGCAAAGCAGGACGUAAGCGACGACCUGGACGGUCUGUUUCGCGCCAUGCCGCAGGUGUCGCGCCAGAUCAAGGAGGUGCGGGCGCGGUAUCGGCUGCCGGGGGCUUCGGGCAGCCACUCGGGCUCCGAUAGCGACUACGACGACGGCCUCGCGUCCCCCCUCAGUGCCGUGAGCGAGCUCUCGACCGACUCGGACACCAGCACGGCAUCCGACGACUCGAUCCGUACCCCCGAGCCCCCAGAAGCGCGUAUCUUUCUGCACCAAGACGCGGGGCCAUGCGACCCCGACUCGCUCCUGCCGCUGGGGGACGCGCCCCCGCCAUACGACGCAGCGCAGCUCGCGCACCUCGAGCAGCGGAUGCGCGACCUCGAGAUCGCGCUCGAGCAGAGCGAGCGCUCGCGCCUCGCAGCCGAGAACGAGCUGCGCGUGUCCCGUGCCAAGCUGUACGCUCUCCCGCCGCGCCGGUCGAGUAUCCGCAGCAGCGCCCCGCUGUGCUCCAACGUCGCGAGCCGCGACUGGCGCCCACCUGCCGUCGGUACCUCGCCCGUGGCGUUGCGGCGGAUCUGGUAG